UCAGAAACCGGUGACGUCAGGUGCAAGUGGCCAAUUUUUCCGAAGUCAGAGCUUCCAUUCAUUACAGUCAGCCUCACUUUGGCACCGUGUCCUGCACGAAGACUCCGUAUCUGUGUGCUUCAGUCUGUAAGAGUCUGGGCUUCGCUUAUCUGUUCUUUUAUUUCUCAACAGCAGCAACAAUGCCGAUGUUCGUAGUGAACACAAAUGUGAGCAAGGAUGCAGUUCCUGCAGCGCUUCUGACAGAGGCCACACAGGAGCUGGCCAAAGCCAUGGGGAAACCUGCGCAGUACAUCGCAGUGCACAUCAACCCGGAACAGAUGAUGCUGUUUGGCGGAAAGGGAGACCCCUGCGCCCUCUGUUCCCUGCACAGCAUCGGGAAGAUCGGGGCCUCGCAGAACAAAGAGUACUCCAAGCUGCUGUGCGGCCUGCUGAACAAACACCUGGGCAUCUCACCUGAGAGGAUCUACGUGAACUUCUUCGACAUGGAGGCACCGAACGUGGCCUGGAACAACACCACCUUCGGCUGAGCAGCCAUCCACCCCAAGCUCACCCACC